ACAAAGCUGAAGCCCCAGCCUCCUCCCUGGGUCUGGGGCUGGGGAACAGAAACUGCUGAUGGGCUUGGAGGACACUGUCCCAGCCAGGGAACAGCCAUCAGUCACUAAUCCACUGUUCUGGAAUGUCUGUGGGCCAAUCAGCGGGGUCUCUGGGGGCUCCCCGAGGGCGCUAAUAAUCCUGCAAUGAUUAGCAGGGGCCACGAGCCCACCGGACUCCUUGAGAUUGUGAAGAGCUCCAUCUCUCCUGGGAAGUGAGUUGGCUGGUGAAGCCAGACUGUGCCUGCAGCACCGACUGACCCAUGCUACAGCCAGAGCCCUCCCUGGGGCCCGGAGGCCAGGGCCACCGGCCUGGCCUCCUGCCCGUGCUCCUGACUCUCAUUGGCAUCGCCUGGGCAGAGAUGCAGCCACCCCAACCACCAGAGCAGGUUCAAAUGCCCAGAGCCCUGAGCAGGAAGGAGAGUUUCUUGCUCCUGUCUCUACACAACCGCCUGCGCAGUCGGGUUCAACCUCCUGCAGCCAACAUGCGGAGAAUGGACUGGAGCGAGAGCCUGGCCCAACUGGCUUAUGCCAGGGCAGCUCUCUGUGGCGCCCCAACCCCGAUCCUGACUUCUGACCCACGGCGUGUUCCCCAAGUGGGCUGGAACGUGCAGCUGCUGCCUGCAGGCUUGGCCUCCUUUGUUGAAGUGGUCAGUCUCUGGUAUGCAGAGGGGCAGCAGUACAGCCAUGCAGCAGCCGAGUGUACCCACAAUGCCACCUGUACCCACUACACUCAGCUCGUGUGGGCUACCUCGAGUCAGCUGGGCUGCGGGCGACACCGGUGCUCUGUGGGCCAGGUGGCGAUGGAAGCCUUUGUCUGUGCCUACUCUCCUGGAGGCAACUGGAAGGUAAACGGGAAGACAAUCACCCCCUAUAAGAAGGGCGCCUGGUGUUCGCUCUGCACAGCCAGUGUUUCUGGUUGCUUCAAGGCCUGGGACCAUGCAGGGGGGCUCUGUGAGGUCCCCAGGAACCCAUGUCGCAUGAGCUGCCGGAACCAUGGACAUCUCAACAUUAGCACCUGCCAAUGCCACUGUCUCCCUGGCUACACAGGCAGAUACUGUCAAGUGCGGUGCAGUGUGCAGUGCCUUCAUGGCAGGUUCCGGGAAGAGGAGUGUUCCUGCGUCUGCGACGUUGGCUAUGGGGGAGCCCAGUGUGACACCAAGGUGCACUUUCCUUUCCACACCUGUGACCUGAGGAUCGAUGGAGACUGCUUCAUGGUGUCUUCGGAGGCAGACACCUAUUAUGGAGCCAAGAUGAAAUGCCAGGAAAAGGGAGGGACACUAGCCCAAAUUGAGAGCCAGAAAGUACAGGAUAUCCUCGCCUUCUACCUGAGUCGCCUGGAGACCACCAACGAGGUGACUGACAGUGACUUUGAGACCAGGAACUUCUGGAUCGGGCUCACCUACAAGAUGGCAAAGGACUCCUUCCGCUGGACUACUGGGGAACACCAUUCCUUCACCAGUUUUGCCUUUGGGCAGCCUGACAACCAGGGAUUUGGCAAUUGUGUGGAGCUGCAGGCAUCUGCUGCCUUCAACUGGAACGACCAGCGCUGCAAAACUCGAAACCGUUACAUCUGCCAGUUUGCCCAAGAACACAUUUCUCGGUGGGACCCAGGGCCCUGAAGCCUGACCAGGCAGCUCUCCUGCUAGCCCGAGUGCACUAGCCCUGCAGGCCUGUCUACUCACCUGUGUGGAAGAAGAACUAGGCCCAAAGUCCAACAUGAGGUCUCAGACUUUGCAUGAUGCAGGAAGUUGGGCAGAGGGUGGCAGUGAAGCAGGUGGGGAGUGGGGAGGGUGGUGGAGAAGCUUGGCAUGGGAAGAGGAGAGCCUGGGUCUCUCAGCUGACUUUUGAUUGGGAAGAUGGGCUUCUGUGAGGCACUGAAACAGAAGCCAGAGCUAGAAGUCAGAAGAGGCUGCCAUCCUCCCCCUGGGCCAACCCCUGGGGCAGCUGGAGCUGUCACCACCAGAUGCUUCCCAGGAAGGAUUAAACUAAUUUAUGAAUCGGCUGGACUUGCAAUUGCUCAGCUUGGAGAAUUCCGAUGCCCCAGGAUGAUCCUCAAAAGACAGAGGGGGCUUGUCAUCUCACUUUCCCACUAUUCACCUUGUUCCUUUCCUGCUCAGUCUUGUGACCCAGACUACCCUUUGGAUGUUUUCAGGCUCUCCAGUAACAUGGAAAACCAAACUCUGCCUCAGUAGGGGGUCUUUUCUCCAGCAACUCCCAGGACAGGGCCUCAAGCAGGCCUGGUAGACACUGCCCGUAGACCUGGGACACAGUGUGUGUGAGUCUGUCUCUUGUUUCCCAUGAUGUAGUGUUUUCACAUAUCAGGACUGAUGGUAUAGUAAGAACCUGGAGAGUUACACUCCCCGAUCCAGCUCCUCAGCUAUUGGAGCGUGCACUUAAGUACUGUGUGUCCGACUCUGUAAUCAACACCUGACGUCUAUUAACUCAUUUAAACAGACAUCCUCACUGA